ACCGCCACCGUCUGGUCGUAGACCUUUCCUCCAUUGCCAGGUACUACUAUACCCUCGCAUGGAGUGGCAGCUGAUGAGGCGAAAUUAAUAAAUCAAGGGUGGUCAUGUCCUCGACAAAGCCUCUUGCUGACGCGUGGCGCUCCAAGGCUCGGCAGCCACACCUUUCUCUGCCACAACCACUUCACCUUGGAGACUCGAACCUCUACAUCUUUGCGUCACCACACUCCAUACCAUACUCGAACAAUAAUCAACACAUCUCUCAUUGCGACCACGACAUCAACAUAUCAGACUGCGCACCGCUUUCGCCCGAUCUAAGCGACUCAAACCUCCAUCAAAAUGUCUAAAUACGACGCACCCAACGCCCCACCCCCCGGCUACCCCCAACAACCCCCCGCCGCCCACUACGACGCCGGUCCCGCCAACGCAGACUACUACAACUCCGGUCCUCCCCAGCAAUACGGAGGGCAACCGCAAUAUGGCCAACCCGGACCGCCACAGCAAUACGGAGGGCAACCACAGUACGGCCAGCAGCCAAUGAUGUACCAGCAGCAGCAGUACCCUCCUCAGCAGGGACAGUACUACGGAGGUCCACCACCGGACAACAGGGGUGGGAAAGGAGGCAUGGGAGCGGGAGGAUGUUUCGCGGGAUUGUGUGCGGGUUUGGCGGCUUGUUGUUGUUUGGAUAUGUUGUUUUAGAGAGAGGAGGAGAAGAGCAGGUCGUUUGGUGGGAAGGGAGAAAGAGGCGCCAUAUGAGAUGGGAGGGAUCGGAUUCGAAUGUUAUUAUAGGAUGGGUAUGGGUAUAUGCAGGAUUGGAAUAAUAGGUAUGGCGGGACUCCAUUUGUUCAAACUGCUGGAGAUGGUGCUCGCAAAUCGACUGUGCUGCUUG